GGACUGAGAUCUACGCAUUAGUCGGACAUCCGGGAAAGCUACCGUGUAAUAUCACACCGGAUUCAGACGGAGAUGAUAUUUCUCUAAUUCUUUGGUACAACAACAAAUCACCUUCUCCAAUAUAUAGUCUCGAUGCCAGAAGUGGAAGUCUUCAUUAUGGUAGACACUGGAGAAGUGACGACUUAGCCUCAAGAGCAUAUUUCGAGAUGAACUAUGAUCCUGCUCAUUUAAAACUUGAUCCUGUAACAGAGGAAGAUGAGGGGAUAUUCACAUGUCGUGUGGACUUCUACAAAGCUAGAACACGGUAUCAUGAGGUGGGAGUAAACUUAAUAGUUCCUCCAAGUAGACCCGUUAUUCGAGACGAAAAUGGCGAGGCUCAGCAAAGCUUGAUAGGACCUUAUAACGAGGGUGAUUCCCUGUCUCUUACAUGUGAAGUUGUAGGAGGGAGUCCUUUACCCAAUGUGACAUUUCAACUACCCCUCGAGGUUCAUUUAAAAGAAGGGCGCCACUUUUCAGCUGGGAAGCCUGCAGAAAUCGAAUGUUUUACAGCUGGUUCACGCCCUCCUGCAAAAAUAUCCUGGUGGAAAGGUAAUGUGCGCCAAAUGACCGCCAAGUCUGUAGUGUCUGUAAACGGCAACGCUACAACAAGCAUCCUGACAUUUACGCCCAGCAUGGAAGAUGAUGGAGUUUACCUUUCUUGUGCUGCAGAGAACCGGCUAGUACCAGGGAGUGAUAUGGAAGAUGGAAUUAAGCUGGAAAUACAUUAUGCCCCUCAAGUAUUUCUACGUCUUGGUAGUAAACUUCGACACAGUCAUAUUCAAGAAGGUAAUGACGUUUACUUAGAGUGCAACAUUAGAGCGAAUCCAAUAGCGACGAACAUCGGUUGGACAUUUGAAGGACAGGAAAUCUACACUAAUACUACAUUAGGAAUCAUCGUGAGUAAUCAAACCCUGGUUCUACAGAAAGUUCAGAAGGCCAGUAGAGGGCACUAUACAUGUACUGCUACUAAUACUGAAGGACAGGGGGAGAGUAACAACAUCUUCCUUAGGGUACAGUAUACACCUAUCUGCGAUCCCCAACAAAGAUCUGUUUACCGGACGGGAAUAAAUGAACCAGUUCAAGUUAUUUGCAAGUUAAAAAGCGAUCCUACAAAUGUCACGUUCAGCUGGGUUUUUAACAACAGCUACGACAACUACGAGGUUUUUUCCUUCACAUCACAAGGAACAACAACAAGCACGGCAACAUUUACUCCUAAGUCAAAAUACGAGUUUGGAACGUUAAUUUGUUUUGGAACUAACAAUGUUGGUAUGCAGAAAAAACCGUGUACUUUUUCCGUUAUACCGGCAGGAAUACCUGAUCCGGUUCACAACUGCUCUCUCUUUAAUCAGACAGACGAUGGUAUAGGAGUGGAAUGUAUUAAAGGCGACCAUGGAGGAUUGCAACAGUUAUUUUACGCUGAAAUUGAAGAACUUAGUGGAAGAAGAACAAUUUUAAACAUGUCAUCAUCUAGUCCGGCAUUUUAUAUAAAAAAUCUUCCACCAGGUUCAACGUUCAUUUUUAAAGUUUAUUCAUUUAACAUGGAAGGAAGAAGUGAACCAGUAUUUUUCCGAGGUAACACUCUAGAUGCUCGUCAAAGUUCCUCUAAAGGCGCAACGAACUGGAUAUUUUCUGUCAAUGUUCUCGUGAUACCGCUCGUAUCUAUCUCUGCGGUGUUGAUCUUCAUAACUGGUUGUGCAGUGUUUGUUUUAAAAAUAAGACUCGUUAGAUCAAGAGAUGAAAGAGGAACAGCUGACAAUAAAAUAAACUGUACAUUGAAGGACUCUACUCCAGCAGAAGGUAAUUCGAAAGAUUCAGUUGAAGGAAAAUGUCCUGAUGUUAUACCAGAUGUCAAGUAUUUGCAAGUUCCAUUCAGAGGCAUCGAUCAGAAGAGUGACUCAUCGAAAACUUCAACACAAGAAACUUCGAAGGAUAUCACUGUAGAUUCGCCGUUAAAAGGACAGACGAAUAAAACUUUCCAAAACUACGUACAAGAAACUGUGACUUAAUAGAAACUUAUCAAGCACCGCGAAGAGAUAUCCUUUAAGGAAGGUUGCAUGUAAGUAUGUUGUUUAAUUACUUGUUCACUACCUUAUAUUCAUAGCAAAACUACGUACAAGAAACUGUGACUUAAUAGAAACUUAUCAAGCACCGCGAAGAGAUAUCCUUUAAGGAAGGUUGCAUCUGUAUUUUAAAUACUCGGUCAGAGAGUAAUCUGUAACUCUGUGUAAGGAUUCGUCGGAAGGCUGUAUGAUUAUUUUCACAAAUAUGACACUCUUGUGUUAGAAUGCUAUCAAUGAGACCCAUUUCGUAGGGACGAAUUUGACGAACUUACAUUUGAUUACUCAAUCUCCUCUUUGGCAUGUGUGUGUGUGUUGUGUUGUGUGUGUGUGUGCCUUGAAAUUGCAACAAUAUAAUGGUGCAAGUCAACAGUUACGAUAUUUGGAUCCUAGCAAUUAUCUGAAUCGUUCAAUACAACUAUAAUCUCUGAAUGUAUUACGCUUACGUUUCGUUCAUAACAGAAACGCACUUCAAGCUGUUGCGAAGCAGUAGAAACAGUGCAACAUUUGUAUUGUGUAUUACAAAAAUCCCAUUUUUAAAAUAAAAUAAAAAUCGAGUUUUUAGGAAACUAUUAUUAUCUUUAGUUUAAAUAAUCGAGUAAAUUACAAAGUUCAUAAUAUGACAUGCAAUUUCUCGAUAUGAAAAGCAAAGAAUAUCUAAAUAUGAAGGAAAUUAUUAUUUGUAUAUUGUUUUCGUUGUUCUGGAUGUGAGUUAUGUGUAUU